AUGGAGAUUACAGUAUCUAAUGAAAUUAAUGGUCAAAUUUUUGGUCCGCUUGAUAUAAGUGAUGAGAUGUCAUUACAAGAUUUUAUAGCAUUGAUUGAAAGCGAAUGUAGCUUUAAUAAAUCUAUUCAUGAUUUAUAUCAUAAUAUGGAUAUAUUAGAUUUGAAUGACGAUCAAAAGACUUUGAAAGAUAUUGGAUUGAGCAAAGAUGAUUUGUUGCUUAUUAGAAAUAAGGUUAAUGUAGAGAGUGCUGUUCCAGUUACAGAUUUAACUGAUGAUGAAUUUAUUGAAGAAUUUCGUAAUGAAGUUAUCAGAAACCCAAUUUUAAAAUCUCAAUUAGUUUCACAAUUGCCUCAGUUAGAGACUCUAUUGAAUGAUUCUGUAAGAUUUAAAGAAGUUUUAGGUCCAGUUAUUUUACAAAGACGUUAUUCUGGUUCAACCCCUCAAAACCCAUUUGGUAUCCCACAACAAGAAUAUACAAGAUUAAUGAGUAACCCAGAUGACCCAGAGAAUCAGAAAAGAAUCACAGAAUUAAUUGAUCAGCAAGAGAUUGAUGAACAAAUGAGAAAUGCUCUGGAAUACACUCCUGAAGUUUUCACAUCAGUCCAUAUGUUAUUUAUUAACUUGGAGAUCAACGGCACUCCAGUUAAAGCAUUUGUUGAUACUGGAGCUCAAAUGACCAUUUUAUCAAGUAGGUUAGCAGAAAAGACAGGCUUGAGUAGAUUAGUUGAUAAAAGAUUCAUAGGUGAAGCUCAUGGUGUUGGUGUCGGUAAAAUUUUAGGUAGAAUUCAUCAAGCACAGAUUAAAAUUGAAACUCAAUUUAUUCCUUGUAGUUUCACUGUGUUAGAUACUCCAAUGGAUUUGUUAAUCGGUCUAGAUAUGUUAAAGAGGCACCAAGCCUGUGUUGACUUAAAGAGAGAUGUAUUAAUGAUUGCUGGUGUUGAAACCAAAUUCCUAAGUGAAUCAGAGAUUCCAAAAGAUUUUGGAACAUCAAAUGGUGUUCAAUUUAAGAGUGCCGAUGAGGCCAAUAAGUCACCAGCAAAGGAUAGCAAUCCCGUCUCGACUACAAGUGGUAAAAUCAGUAAGCCAAAUACAAAUAAAGCCACUGUGGCCAAUCCAAACGUAUCACAAUCUCAGCCACAAGCAGCAAAAACAUUCCCAGAAUCUACAAUAAAAAAGCUUAUGGACCUGGGAUUCUCUAGAGCUGAAGUGAUAAAAGCUUUAACCCAAACAGGUGGUAAUGCUGAAUUUGCAGCUUCAUUAUUAUUUCAAUAA